GCUAUUGGUAGUUUCCUUUGGUCUGAUUCAAGCUCAUUUCCAUAUUUAGCUUCAAUGAAAGGAAAAAAAAACCAAAAAACUCAACAGGCAGCUGAACUAGUCCCCUUCACGUCCACUUCGCGUAAAAUAACGACCCGAGAAGGAUGUUUGAGAGCAAGAAAGAAACGUUCAAGUUACUCCUGAGGAAAAUAGACGCGAAAGCGGCACACAAAAUGAAACACAUCCUUUAUGAAAGCUCUCAGGUGGAAAGCAAAGUGAACUCUGAGAAACUCAAAAAGGAGAAGAAGAAGAUGGGGCUGCAGAAGAAAUCACAGAGUCUGGAGGAAGCCCAGCUGGCAAUCCAGCACAGAGACAAGCACCAGCCCCUCAACAGAUCUCAGACCUUUGAUUUAGCGUCUACUAAAAAUGACGAGCAAGAGAAAAGCCUGGAGAGGAAGGGGUCCCUCACCAGCAGUCCGAGUAAAAGCAGUCAGAGUUAUUCAAAGCACAACAAAUCCUUCCACAAGCUGUUCAGAGAGAUUCCUGAAGAGGAGCCACUAAUGAACAGUUUCACCUGCGCUCUGCAGAAGGAGAUCCUGUACCAUGGCAAGAUGUAUGUGUCCAACAACUACAUCUGUUUCUAUUCCUCUGUGCUCCUCAAAGAAACCAAGGUGGUGAUCCCAGUGUCAUCUGUAGCAAUCCUGAAGAAACAGAACACAGCCCUCGUGGUGCCCAACGCACUGUCCAUCCGCACCACCGAUGGAGAAAAGUUUAUUUUUGUGUCUUUGCGAACACGAGACGUAACUUUCAAGCUCCUGAAGUCAAUCUGCAAUCCCUCAGAGGAUGCCAGUGCAAACAGCAGCCCGGUGUUUUCCUCUGCAGAGACAAGUUUUGACACUCCAGGGAAACACUUGAACUCCAGUCAGUCCAGCUUGGACCAGGAGCAGGAAACGCAGCCGGAUUCCCUGGGGACUCCGAAGCACAGCAAAGAUCCAUCACAGCAAUUGAAUACAAUCCAUUCGCAACUCAACAGUGAGGACAAGGGGGAGGAUCAGACAGACAGGGCAGUGGAACAGCAAGCAGCCGAUUCCUGGGUGUGGACAAUCACUCGGAAAGUGAACUCGUACAUCAUGCCGCACGAAUCCAACUCCAUCAACAUGCUGCUUAUCAUCUACCUGCUACUGGUGGUUGUUCUUCUCCUGUCCUCUGGGUAUAUCGGGCUCCGGAUACUGGCACUGGAGCAGCAGUUGACUUCCAUGGGUGCCUGGCCUGACGUCUCUAUGCACAGCGGGUACAAGGAUGCCUAACCGCUUCGCAUUGCAGACGUCCUGUCGUCUGGAUUGAUCAAAGCCCUCGCUGGCUCAAGCCCUCUCGGGGAGAUGCGAGUGGAACUCUGCUGCUCAGACUGCGACGGAGGAGAAUGAAUCCUCAAUGCUAUCGUGUCCACGCAUCUUGUAAUUUGAAUGACAGUUAACAGCGGAGAGGCAGAGGUUCAAGCCACACACCAGGGAUUGUUUGCGCUACCUACCAGUACCUGAAGAAGCGGCUUGCUAGCUCGCAGGUAUCCUUUUAGGCCAGUGCAAAAACCCAAAGCCAAAACUGCUGGAAAAGAUGACCUGACAAUCGGAAGUUCAUUGAAGCACUCCUGUGAAUGAUCGUAAAGGCAUAUUUUGAAGAAACCUUUUCAAUGCAUCCUGGCCGAUCCACUUUUUUUACAGCAUUACUGUAUGUUGGGAAAGCUAACAGAGGUGAUGCCAUGUUUACAAACUGUGAAUUAACAGUGCAAUAUUCCUACUAUAUCAGGACUUCCUUGGGUCUUAACAAUAUUUUUUUGGGGGUAUUACAUUUCUAGCAUUACGUACUUUGUAGCUUUUUUACUUGAUGCAACAUCAGGAAUAAUGUUUAAAUUUGUAACAGCAUUACCUACAUCAGUAAACCGGUUCUUUUUGUAAAGUACAGUUUGUAUAUAUUAUUAUUACUUAUUUCUUAGCAGACGCCCUUAUCCAGGGCGACUUACAAUCAUUACAAGAUAUCACGUUACACAUUAUUUCACAUUAUACAGAUCACAUUAUUUUUACAUACAAUUACCCAUUUAUACAGUUGGGUUUUUACUGGAGCAAUCUAGGUAAAGUACCUUGCUCAAGGGUACAACAGCAGUGUCCCCCACCGGGGAUUGAACCCACGACCCUCCGGUCAAGAGUCCAGAGCCCUAACCACUACUCCACACUGCUGACACCUGAUUGAUCAUACAAAGUGCCAGGGGAAUGUACAUUAUAAUUUAUUUUUUUGGAUCCUGAUCUAUUGAAUUGUUUGUUAUGAAAGAAUAUUCUGUUAACCUCUUAGGACACAGUGAAGAAACUGCUUAUAGUGCUCAAUUGUCCCUCGUACAAGAAGUGAUGUCACAAAGCAAAAUGUGAAAAUAGAACUCUAUAUUCCCAUUGCAAGUUAGCUCUGAGACACUCACAAAGGCAAUUCUAUACCAAGCAGUGAAUCCUACAGGGUGAAAGAGGCAGUACAAGUUUACUGAACAAAAAAAACACAAUUAUUUAAGUACAAGAGCAGCAAGUCCAGGAUUUGACAGCAAGCUGUUUUAAAAACUGGAACACAAAAAAAAAAAAAAAAAAACGUAAGGUCAGCUAGUUAUCAUACUCUACAUUUAAAUGCAGAGCAAGCAACGUGCACAGUAGGAUCGCAGCAACAACCAUCUGCUUUCUAACUUAUGGAUGAUCGGUGUUUAGAUUUUGUGGAAAUUUUGAAUUCCAGUAUCUCUCCCCUCUGUGUUUAUUUUUCUUGCUUUAACCUUUAAUAUAAGGCAUUCAGGCUUUUACUAUUUUGUAAUGGAGGUUGCAAUAAGGGAACCAAUUGCGCAUGCAUAUGUAAACCCAUAUAUCCUUUAUAUGUAGUUUUUAAAGACUGCACCAGUAUGUAUUUUAAACUCAGUAUUAACUUUACAACAUACCUCAGCACAAGUAGCUUUUUUCUCAAUGUCAAUCAAACAGUGCUUUAACUUUUGGUGAAAAGGAAAACGUUAUUAAGGCCAAUCUCGUCUACAAAGCCGUAUUACUGAACUUCUGUACACCUCCAAUGGGGGUUUAAUCAAGUUCCUCAGGAAUGUAUUGUUCUUAUUGCAUGGAAUGGUAAGACUUUUUUUGUUAUGUAGCCAAGUGUAGAAUAACGAAAAUGGACUUGGCAUAAAACAAACAUUCAAAUGAAUAAUGGGUGUUUGGAUAUCAUUGUAACACAAUUGUGUUACACUGAAGAAAUCAUUAGCAGCAAACAUCAGCAAUGGCAACACAGUGGAUCUGGAUGAGAUGUUGCAGCCUUACUGUUCUGGUAGUGGGACACUGCAAUGGAUUUGUAUAGACCUGCGCUAUCAGUAAGCCAAUACGAACAUGGAACAAAGACAAGCACAACAAGUUCUGUGUUGCCUUAUUUACACUCCAAACACCGCAAGUUGUUUUUUUUUUGUAUGAAUUUCUACUGGAUAAUGUUAUUUAAUUAUCUGUGAUGCUGCGAACUGUUUUGCUUAUUGAAGUAACCUAAAUGCAGAGUUAAUUAUUUGUAUUUUUGCACAAUUUCUUUUUUUCUGUGUUUUAUUUUUGUUGAUCUUUUUGAAAGGUUCAUUUAUUGUAUGGUUGGUAUAUUUGUGUGCGCUUCUUUGUCAAUAAAUGUUUAAUUGUAUUGGU